AUGACUUCUGCAGGCGUAAGCGCCUCUCAUCAGACCCCAGAAGAAGAUCUGGAGCGCGAGCGGAUCCGUGAUUUGUCGAGAUAUUAUUGUACAGUCACUCAAGCGUUCCCAGCACCCGAUGCGACGACUUUUGAGGAGGAUGAGACGCCCGCGACAUUGACGGGAGAUGAACAGCCCACAGGUUGCGAGCUAGCCAAGGACAUUACCCUCAACGCACUCGCUCAGCUCGGUGUCCUCCGCUUCAAUGCCAAUCGCUCCUUUGUGUCCAUAAUCGACGGCGAAACCCAGCAUAUCAUCGCCGAAGCGACCGGCUCAGUGUCGCUACGAGAUAAGAAUCGCCACAAACCAGGAGAUGGUAUCUAUCUCGGAGCGCGGUCGCUGGACCUGAUCUGGGGCGUUUGUCCCCACACCGUUCGCUUGUUCACAGGCCGCGCGACGGACGAAAUCUAUACCGAUAAUGUAACCGCCAAUCGAACGCGCCAUAUUAUUCGAGAUUUCACCCUGGAGGAUCACUUCAAGGAUCGACCAUAUGUUCUACAGUGGCCGCAUAUGCGCUUCUACGCAGAGGUGCCUCUAUUCAGCGCUUCUGGAUACGUUCUCGGCUCCUAUUGCAUUGUCGACAACAAACCACGGGCAGAUUUCGGAGAUGAUCAGGUCAAUGACCUCCAGGAAGUGGCCGACGCCAUCGGACUGCAUCUGGAGAAUGUCCGAAUGAGCCGGGCCCAUGUUCGGACUGAAGGAUUGGUCAAAGGCUUGACAGAUUUCGUUAAAUACCAUGCGGACUUUGAUCCUAAAGAGGCCUCUAACCGUGGCCGUCUUCAGUCUGGUGUUAAUGCAGCGAAUUCCAUACCACAUGAAAUUGCCGUCACCGGUCCGGUGCUUGAUGUGCCAUUGGGUCAUGAUGUUCGAUGUGUUUCUCCCAAGCCCGAACGAUCGCUUUCCUCAGCCGUCACGGGGGAAGGAUCUGUGUUUUUCUCGCAGGAUCAACGCUCUACGACCGAACUGUCAUCUCUAUACUCGGGGUUUUCCGAUCAACCAGUAAUGCUGAGUCCCGGCGAAGAAAAGUCGAUGGGUGAAGUAUUGAAGUCAGUAGAUACCGGUGCAGCUCCAGGUGUCGAUCAAGAGUUCUCGCAGCUAUCAUUAACCCAGGGCACUCCCAUAUACGAACGCAUUGCAUCUAUAUAUUCGCGUGCAAGUACGUUGCUCCGGGAAUCUAUGGACCUGGACGGGGUUGCAUUCCUCGAUGCCUGUCCAACUAAUUUUGCGUUUGUACCCAAAGAGCCAGAAGUUAGGGAGCCGUUGAUAGCUGCAGAUCCCGGGUUCCCGGCUGCUCCGCUGCCUAUCCCUCUUGGGCUAGCUCGGGUUGUGUCGCAUGAAUUUGACCUUCCAUGCGAUACUUUGAGUUGUGCGCUAAAGUUGCCAUCUAAAGGCAAUCAUGGCCCAAAUAAUCAACCACGAAUACCACAGGGAUUGCUCCAUCAAAUGCUCAAAUCUUUCCCUCAAGGUCAGAUCCUAAGUUUAGAUGAGCCUAUUGACGAGGAUGAUUGUUUCUCGAAUGAUUACACCAGCGACUUUGAUUCUCGGCCUGAUCCCAACACUCAAACCUGUGCAAAACACCUUGCACGGUGCCUCCCCGGUGCUAAAUCGGCCCUGUUCCUUCCUUUGUGGGAUUGGAAUAAAUGUCGUUGGCUUUCUGGGGUGCUGGUAUGGACUACAAGUAGUUAUCGAGCUCUCGGGCUGGAGGAGUUACACUAUUUCAAGGUUUUUGGUGAUUCUUUGAUUUCUGAAGUUUCUCGAAUUCAUUGGGCAACUACCGAAAGAUCAAAAUUCGAUUUCAUAUCCUCUGUCAGCCACGAACUGCGGUCGCCACUGCACGGAAUACUGGCGAGUGCUGAAUUAUUACAUGCCAGUUCUCUUAGUUCAUCGCAAGAAGAGAUGGUGACCAUGAUCGAAAAAUCUGGGAUGACGUUGUUAGAUACAACGAAUCAUAUGUUGGAAUUCUGCAAGGUUAACAAUUUGAGCCAUACGGACAGGCUAAAUGAAAUGAUCCCAGAAAAUGACACGGCCAAUCUUAUUUCCGAUUUUAACAUUAGCCAUUUGGUGGAAGAGGUUGCAGACAUAUUGUACACCGGUCAGCGAGCACCUGAGCAGGUGAGCCAGCUCGCUAAAAGGAUGUCGUCCAACAAGGAAGCAUGCGAUUCGAUCAGAAAGGAUUCUAGGGCACAAAACCAACUCUCUGUUGUCGUACGAGUUGACCAAACGGACACCUGGAUGAUUCGCUCCCUUGCAGGUGCCUGGAGGAGAAUUGUGAUGAACCUUCUCGGCAAUGCGAUGAAGUGGACCACAGCCGGCUUCAUCGAAAUAGCGUUAUCCAAAGUCAGAGACCGAUCGGACUCCCAAUCACCGCUUGUGCAUCUCUCUAUUACUGAUACCGGCUGUGGAAUCGCGCCCGAUUUCAUCAAACACAAGCUGUUCGCCCCAUUCUCCCAAGAAGACCCGCUGUCCGAGGGCGUCGGGCUGGGCCUAAGCAUGGUACAGCAAUUGGUGAUGUCGCUCGGGGGGCAUGUCAAUGUAAGGAGCGAGAUAGGCCUUGGGACUCAGGCCGAUGUCUACAUCCCGGUUCAAUAUCUACCUGCUAGUAUUGGUCCGGAGGAUAGCCUGACACCGACAACCACUCAGCCAGGAACUACCCCAAUGCAUGCAUGCUUGGUAGGCUUCAAUGGUUAUCCUGACCUCACAGAGACGCCCACUGGAAUUCUCACCGUCGAAAGCAAACGAAAUCUUUCCAUUCAGAGUGCACUCGCAAAUAUCUUCAUGACAAAGAUGAAGUGGAGAAUUUCUCUGGCUGACUCCAUCGACAAAGCUCGUGGCCAGGUCAUUGUCAUUGAGGAAGAACUCCUUAAACGAACUAUGGAUGAAAAUGGUCAACUUGUGUCAGUAAUGGCAGCUCAGAAUGGCUUUGACUUCUUCAUCGUGCUGAGCGGCAAUGUCCCAAUCAUACUUGACAGUCUCUCUGUCAACAUCAUCCGCGUUGCCCAACCAUUCGGACCACAGAAAAUUUACAAAGCCGUUGAAAAGAUUAUGAAGUGGCGCGAGAUCCAAACAAAAGCCUCGUCCCCUGUGCCAGAAGUUGCUUUCCCGGUCAUGUCUCCACCAAUACAAAGAAAAAUCAGUUCAGACUCUGACUCUGAUGUCUGUGGUAGAGGGACGUCUGAGUAUUCGAAUGAAGCAAUGAGCUCACCGGGAGGAUCAAGCAGCUCCACACCCCGACCAUCCAGCAAGCAAGCACUGGCCCAUGUGCUCAUUGUGGACGACAAUGAAAUUAAUGUCAAGAUCAUGUCCACCUUCAUGCGCAAAAUAAACUGCAGCUAUGACACAGCCCACAAUGGCCUCGUCGCAUUGGAGAAAUACAAAUCCUCGAACUUUCACUACGACUUCGUCCUGAUGGACAUUUCAAUGCCGGUGAUGGACGGCCUCGUCUCAACGAGCAAAAUUCGCGAAUUCGAACGCGAACAUAAUAUCAGACCCUCUUGCAUCAUGGCUGUCACUGGAGUUUCCUCCACUGGCUUCCAGCACCAGGCUACUACGGCUGGUAUCGAUAACUACCUCAUCAAACCCCUCUCCCUUCGCGCCCUUAGAACUCUUAUGAACGUUUCAUGA